AUGGAGGCAACUUAGACAGGAGCAGGCGCGGCCCCUCGUCUCUCGGCGCUGCCUGCUCCCCCCGCACCGGGCGCGGCGCUCCCCGCCGAGCCGCAGCCCGAGCGCCGCCGGGCCCGCGGGACUCCCCGGCCGCUUGCUUCGCUGCCCCGAUGAUGUUACCGAGCCCCGUCACCUCCACCCCCUUCUCUGUCAAAGACAUCCUCAACCUGGAGCAGCAGCAGCAGGACCCGCACUAUGGGGCCCAGCUCCCGCACCACCUGGAGCACCACUUCCACCCCGCCGCCUGCCUGCUGGCGGCCGCUGACGGCGCCCGCUUCUCCGACGGCGAGGAGGAAGAAGAGGAGGACAAGCUGUCCUACCUGACAGCGCCCGGCGGCCAGGCGGACGCACGGAUCUCCACCGACAGCUACGUGCACGCCGUGCUGCGCGGCUCCUGCGAGGCCCCCGGCCCAGGAGAGGAGCUGGACCCCGCGGCCCGCGACCCGA